AUGGAGAUUCGUCCCCUCGUCGGAACCGCGUUUCGGGUAGAAGCCAGACGCGAUGCCUUCCAGGAUUUCGAGGAUUCUCAGCCCGACGUAGAAAACUCGGAUUCGUUUCUCGGGGAACUCCGGAACUCGUUUCGUGCAGCUCGAUCGGAGAAUCAUUCGCAGAAGAGGGUAUCGGACCAGAGGCUGGCGGAGCUUGAGGCCCUCAUCAGUCUGGGGGAGCUGAGACGGUAUUUCGCUUCUCUGCCCGUCGGCUACGGGAUCAUCGACGUCAACAAAAUCGGGAAAAAGAAGAGAGCGCGGCGGGCGGAAAACGACGAGGAUUCCGAGUACAAGUACUUCCUCAUGCAAGUCCUGAAACGUCUACGAGAGCCGACGGAGACGCUUUCCCCCUCCUCUCACCAACCUUUCCAUUCCAUCCAGUCGAGUCGGGUCGGGUCGGGUCGAGUCGAGUCGGGUCGGGUCGGGUCGGGUCGGGUCGGGUCGGGUCAGGUCGGGUCGGACGAUCAUCUGGGACGCGGAGAAAUGUUUUCAUCUCACUUGAUUAAAAUUGAACGCGUGUCGAUUCUUCGGAAUGAAGAGCGGCUCGAACCACAUGCUGAUCUGCGGGACGGGAAACUUCAACAGCCAGAAAAUCAAUUAUGAGAAGAAUUCUAGUUUUUUUUUUCUCCAUGUCAAUCCUAUACAGUAUUUCUACCUCCUCUGUUUCGGAAUCGAGUGGGAAAAAAAAAAGAAGGAAAGAGGUGAUCGAUGCAUGUGUCGUUUGAGAACUCCUUGGAAGCCAAGAAUCCCGAAUAAAGUCGUAGCUUUAGUUGACAUGCAAGACACUUGAAAAA